AAGUCAAGUCCUUAAAUGAUCAACAUUACGUCGCACGGGCGGACCGACAAAGAUGAUGUGGAAAUUACUGUUUUAAGCAAAGAAAUGACGAUUCCCAGGCAUUUUUCGGAGUAAAACCACGGGGCCAAGAACGAGUGGUUCAUGAUACUCAAGUACAAAAUUACCAGCAGCCAAGGACAGCCUCCAACAACUAAAUGCAAUGGAUUCAGAGAAGCGAUGGAGUGAUCUUCCCGAUCACAUUGUCAUCAACAUCCUGAGUUACUUGCCGUUGACCGAUCGGUGCUCUGCUUCCCUCACAUGCAAAAACUGGUACGAGUGCUUCGACGAUCCCACACUAUGGCGCAGGUUCACUUUCCACUUCAAGAACGAUCAGGACACGGGCCAGCUUCAGUGCCUGGCAAGGCACGGUCGCCAGCUGCGGGUAGUGAAGAUCUACCUGAACCAGCAGGAACUGGUGAACAGACAGAACGCCUGCGAGGUGCUGACGGGACUUGCCCGCUGCAGUGAUCGUCGGUUGGAAGAGCUCAGCGUCACCUUCACGACAGAGAACCCACUAUUCUUCCAGGGGCUGGAGUUUCUGAGCAGUCUAGCGGAGCUCUUUGGUCCGCCGGACCCAGGGACAAAGAUGGUGUCCACUCUAACCAAAGUGGACCUGAGCGGUCUGUCGGUCACAUACCGGGACAAUCUGCUGUACCUACUUGCCGACAACCAUCCCAACCUCCAGGUGCUGAAUCUCCAAAACACCUCCCUCAUGUGCUUCAUCAAUCCAGAGUGCAUGCACAUUGUCGUGAAGAAGUGCCCUAAGAUCAACUCUCUCAGCAUGCACUACCGGUCGGCUUCGGAGGAGCUCUUUGCCGAGUUGAGCGACCAGACACGGACUCCUCUCAACUACCUGUCCCUGGCUUGCAACAGGGAGGAGAAGUACCACAAGGUGAUUCCGGCUGAUUCCUGGAAGAGCCUUGUCCGCAGACACAAGCAUCUACGUGUCUGCAUGAAAUUUGACCACACCAUUGAGCGGCACCGCAUCCUGACAAUCCUAGACCCUCAGAUUCCACUGGUGGAGCUCCACAUGAGGACAAUGACGGAGCUUCACGAUGAGGUCUCCAUUGUGGCGCUCUACUACCACAAAACCUUGGAAUACCUGGCCAUCGUCACCAAAGGAUCGGACGAACUGAAGCGUGUCUUACUGCACUUGGUGGAGCAGUCACCCAGACUUCACACACUGCACUGCUACUGCGCUCUGGACGAGGUGACCAUUGACAGAAUUCGAGCCCUACGCCCGCAACUCAAGAAGUACACGCUCAAGACGGCCGAGGAAUUUGACUUGCUUGUCCCGACCCUGGUAGGCCACUCUGCUCGCAGUGCAGUCAUGUGAUCAGUCAUGAGAUCACGCUGUAAAACACACAGAUCUGAAGGAAUGCGUGGAGAGUUUGUCCAGCAAGUGGUUGGCAUCGGGAAGAGCAAGGUAUAGGGCACCACCGCCGUGACACGUGUAAUGAACAAGUACCAAGUUUCCAACCAAACCCUGGUGCAUAUACGGUGGAAUCUCGAUAAGUCCAACCUCAGGUGAAUUGGCUCAAAUUUUGAGUUAAGCAGAGUUUUGAGUUAUCCAAUGGAUUUUCUAUUCAACAACAAUUGACAGGAAUAA